AUGAACAAAAGGAAAAGCUUACAAGAUAAUGUAAAAGAUGAAGCUGAACAGACAAAUAAUCAAGAGAGAUAUCAAUUAGUGUCGAGAGAAAAUCAAUCAGAUCGUGAUGAUUUGGAAUUGAGUGGUGUUGCUCCAAAUGAAGAUAAUGCUGUUGAGGAUGAAAUGAUAAUUGAAGGAAAAGAAGAAGUUGUGAAAAAAGAAGAGAAAAAAGUGGAGCCAAAAAAAGAGGAGAAAAAAUUGAUUGAAAAGAAAAAAGAUGAACCAAAAAAGGAAGAGCAAAAAGAAGUUCCAACUAAAAGAGAAAAAGAGAAAGGUAGCAAAGAGAAGAUCAAACCGGAAUCGGAUUCGGUUUAUAUCAAAAAUACAUUGAUUCAUUAUCCAUGGUAUCACGGAUUGAUUCAAGGAUCGCAAGUUAAUGAUAUGCUCAAGGUACAUAGGUUUUCUUGAAACCUAAUGGAAUCUGAAUCAACUUUUACAUGAAAUCAAUUCUUUCGGGAAAUUUCUUCACAAAAGUUUAACGGUCUUUGUCUCUAGUCUUGUUUUUGAUUUGAAGCCCAUUCAGUAAAACUCUUUCAAGUUGAGCCAUAAGAUUUUCCAUAUCCAAACUAAAUUUAUUUUUCAGUGGGAUGGUUCUUUUAUUGUUCGUCGAAGUGGAAAUGGCGAUGAAAACGAUGUGUUAUGCCUUUCAGUUCGAAAUAACAAACAAAUCCAUCAUUAUGCUUUCAAAAAUGAAGGUGGAAAUUGGACUUGCCCAAAACUUCCAGACAUUGAUAAAAAUAUCAAAUUUCCACACAUUCAUUUACUUUUGAAUUAUUGGAGUAACAAAAUAUCUGGAGCAAUUGUAAGAUUUAGUAUCUCAGUGAAUUUUUCGAUAAUUUAAAUUCAAAAUCUAUUUUCAGCCAAUUCCACGUGAUAAAUUCGUACUUUUCCACGAUGAUGUGAAAAUGUCGAAAAAAUUGGGAUAUGGUGAAUUUGGAGAAGUUUGGGAAGGAAAAUUGAACAUCAAUGGGUGCACCAAGAAAUGUGCAGUAAAAACCAUCAAAGGUCAGGUGAAAAAAGAGCAAAUCAAGGCAUUCUUUCACGAAUCAAAAGUUAUGGCAUUAUUCGAUAAUGAAUGUAUUGUAAAAUUUUAUGGUCAAUGCACUUUAUUUUCACCAUUGAUGGCGGUGAUGGAAUUGGCGAAUGGUGGAACUGUUAGAGUGAGUAAAUCCACACCCACUUAUUUUCAACUUUCAAAUGCAAACUUUAGAGUCAUUUACGAUGUAAUAAGAAUGUUAGUGUUGAUACAAUGAUCAAAUUUGUAAAUGAUAUUGCAAAAGGAAUGGAACAUCUCACUUCGAAAUCAGUUAUUCAUCGAGAUCUGGCAGCUAGAAAUUGUUUGAUUGGUGAUAAUUUGAUUGUGAAAAUAUCAGAUUUUGGGCUUUCUGUAAUUGGCGAAUCAAUUCGAGUUCGAACAUUGAAACAAGCACCAAUGAGAUGGUUAUCCACUGAAACUCUUACCACCGGUGUUUUCAAUGAGAAAACCGAUGUUUGGUCAUUUGGUGUGGUUAUUUGGGAGAUAUUCACAUUAUGCGCAUAUCAUCCAUUAUAUCCGAAAAACUAUGAAAGAAGCCUGUUUGGAAAUUAAAACUGUUGAAAAACCACAUAAAUUUGAUUCAUCGCAGAAAUCUCCACCGAAAGAAAUUUUGGCAAUUAUGGAAAGUUGCACAACCCGACAACCUCAAGAACGACCAAAGUUUCGAAAUUUGGUAGCAGAUUUGGCAAAAAUUAUAGCAGAUCGAAAAAAAGCUGUAAGUUAUUCAAGAAAACUUCCAAAAUAAUCUAAUUUUUUAGAAACUAACAAGCAGAAGACGAUCGUCAAUUAAAAAUAGAAGUUUGAAAGUUUUGAAGAAAGUUCCACGUGGAAUCAUAUCACAAACUCGAAAGAGAUGUAAUAUAGAUCCUCCGGAAAAACAAGGAACAUCUUCUGGAUCAGCAAAUACCGCAUCGAAAUCGAAAGAAUCUGCAGAAAAAAUAGUCCCAGAGAUACAUACGCCAAAUACUCCAACUACACCAACAACAGCAAGAUCACCAAAACAUCUUGAAACUCCGAGAAGACAAAAGUGUUGA